AUGUUGGGCAAGAUGUCGAAAAUAACGGAUUUGAUGGCUCGAUUGGAUGCCUUCAACAGCGGGGAAGAUGCAGCCAGGGUGAAAAAGUCCAACACUCAUUUGUCCUUGGCGGCCUUGGAGACAAAGAUUCAGGUUAUGAACCUGAGCUCGAUGGACUUGCUCGAAUGGAAGGUAUUGGUAGCCGAGAGCAUCAACAGCGAAGGUUCACGUUGUUCCGUGACAGAGGGUGGAAAGGAGAAGGACCAGCGAACUGUGUCCAGGCCACAUGAUGAUGAUGACAACUUGGAAGAUAAGGCGCUACAGCUGAAUAUGCUCGGCUCGACAAUCAAGUCUCAUUUUCCAAGCUUCAUCAUGCCAGUGAGUCUUUACAAGGACAACGAUGGCGCAUUCUACCACAUGCUUGAAUUGGUGGCUGGGGAGCUGAAAGAUCUGUUUGAAGACGGGUUGCAGCUCGGAGGCCGCAAGUUCUUCAUGUGCUGCUUGGGUGUCAAGGGGGAUGCUCCGUUCUUGGCAAAGGCAGGCCGCUUCAACCGCUCGUUCACUCGGAGACCCACAAGGCCUAGCUCCAAGAAACCUGCAACAGGUCUUUGCCACCAGUGCAUGGCUGGCAAUGAGGAGUUGGGGAUUCCGUUCGAGGAUUUUGGGAGAGAGAGGCCGCAGUGGCUCUCGACGGUGGGAUCCGUUCCUGCAUAUUCGAGAGCUGCUCCUUCCCCUCUCUUGAAGAUUCCAUUCGACGGUACUGACAUGUCGGUCUUCUUUCGAUGGGAUGUGUUCCACAACUGGCACUUAGGGCUUGGAAAGACCUUCAUCACGUCGGCUGUAUGUUGUGUCUUGGAACUCCUCAACCCGUUGAGUCUUGAUGCUGCAUUCAAAGUGCUGACAGAAGAUUUUGGGUCCUAUUGCCAAAUGAACAAGCAAUCACCGUAUCACAAGAAGCUUACAUCGCAGUUCUUUGGGGUUGAAGCUUCUUUCCAAGAUUGGCCGGAUGCUGGAUGGAGUAAGGGCGACUUCACUCGGCUCAUCUGCCAGUGGUUUGAAGACUACUGCUCCAGGAAAGUUGCUGAAGCGACAAGCGAUGCGAACUCUUGGCUCACUGCCUUGUACCAUGAAGGCUUGUUUAUUCGGGCUCCAGUGGCUCGUGGCAUUGCCCUUCGAGGCCUGAAGUUCCUGCAUGGAUACGCCAAGCUUGCAAAGAUGGCCUUUGAUCGUGGUCAAAAACGCUUCGCUUUGAUUCCUAAAGGACAUUACCUCCACCAUCAGGUCUUGGACCUGUUGCAUCAAAGCGAGAGAUCUCGAUGGUGCCCAAAUUUAUUGAUGUACGGUUGCCAGCUGCAAGAGGACUAUGUGGGGCGGCCCUCCCGGAUUAGCCGGAGGGUCAGCCCCAAGACAGUCAAUUAA